AUGCCCUGUCCCAAGCAGCACCGCAUCCGGGUGGUCAACACAAUCGACAAGGCGCAGUUACCUUCUGAAUUGACGUACACUGAUGGCUACGUGCGCGGCCCCGAUGUGCCUUACCCGUCGGGCGUCUUGUUCCCAUGUUCCUGCACCGGCGACAAGUGCGGCCACACCUGCGAGUGCAUGGAGGUGAUGUGCUAUGACGAAGAUGGGCUCCUCUGCCUUGAGCUGAAGCAGUCAAUCCACGAGUGCAACUACCUUUGCAAGUGUUCGAUCGAAUGCCCUAACCGAGUGGUGCAGCGCGGUGCCAACAUCCACAUGGAGAUCUUCCGCACAUCGUACAAAGGGUGGGGGGCACGCGCACUGAGGCCGCUGCGCAGGGGCGAGUACGUGUGCAGGUACACAGGCGAACUCAUCACGUACGAGGAUUCGACGCUGCGCGACGUCGACAACACCAGCACGUAUCUGUUUGAUCUAGAUCAUGAAAUUACGCUUGAAGACAGCAACCGUUUUGCCAUCGACGCCCAAAAGUUUGGCAACAUCUCACACUUUUUCAACCACUCGUGCGAGCCCAACUUGGUGAUCAGGGCAGCCUACAUAAAUCACCUGGACCAGCGGCUGCACGAGCUGGCCUUCUUUGCCUGCCGUGACGUCAAGCUCGGUGAGGAAUUGACCUUUGAUUACUCCCCGAGCAUCGCGCUGACUGUGCCUUCAUCAAAGGACGACCAUGAAUCCAACGAAACCUACAAAAAGUUCAGGUGUUACUGUGAUACGCCGCGCUGCCGCAAGGUCAUGUUUGCGUGA